AUGGACCUACGCAGCAUAUUUUUGUUCCUCUUUCUCGGAUUAUCUGUGAGUGAUGGCUACCGGAUUCUCGCGAUUUUCCCUUUCGAUGGAAAAAGUCACUUUGGCGUGCUCAACUCGGUUGUCAAGGAUCUUGCUUCAGGUGGACAUCAAGUCGACGUGAUGAGCAACUUUCCUCCAAAAGAGUCUUUUCCAAACCUUACGCACAUCGUUACGCUUCCGGUUGCCGGCGCCCAGUCACGCAUUGAUUAUAAUCUCAUUUUUUACCCUGAAAAAGAGGCUGACUGGCUUCAUGACAAGAAACGACGUAUGUGCGACUUUCUUGGCCUGCCAAAAGUAGCUGAACUGAUCAGAAAUCCGCCUACGAAUCCACCCUACGAUCUUCUGCUCGUUCAUGUUCUAACGGGUUACCAGUGCCUCGCGGCGAUCGGCUACAAAUGGAACAUACCGGUCGUUGGUGUGGUAACCACUACUCUUUACGCCCAGAUGCACCAUAUAAUCGGUAAUCCAUUGAAUUUGGCGUUGACAACCAGUCAUUUCGGCUUUUACAAGGAGAAGUUGGACUUCUGGGACAGGGUUCACAAUGUCGUCCAAACCUACCGUGUGAUAAGCAAAUUUUAUGGCUACGCUAAAGAUCAAGAUUAUUACAUAAAAAAACACUUAGGAAACGACCUGCCGAGCUACCGACAACUCGAGAAGAACAUAGCACUGAUGUUUACGAGUUCACAUUACACUUAUCAUGGAGUCACUCCAAAAACACCUGGUCUCAUCGAAAUUGGCGGAAUAAACAUAAAAAACGAUACGUCCGAGUUACCUGCUGACUUGAAGAAAUUCCUCGACAAAAGGAAGGAUGGAUUUAUUUACUUUUCUUUUGGCUCGCUCGUUGCGAUAGAAACUCUGCCGCACGAAGUACUGGAAAGAUUUUACUCCGCCAUACGGAAAAUAUCGCCGGUUAAAGUCCUCAUGAGAGUGCCGCACCCUGACGACAUGCCGAAAAAUAUGCCGGACAAUGUUUACAAGUUUUCGUGGUUGCCACAACAAAAGGUGUUUCAGCAUCCCGAAAUCAAAGGUUUUGUAACGCAUGGAGGUGCGGUCAGUACCCAAGAGGCAGUGUACUAUGGAGUGCCUAUGAUAUGCGUUCCAUUUUUCGCAGAACAAUUCAUAAACUGCGAUAUUUUGUCACAUAAAAAUAGUUCGUUGACACUGGAUAUUUAUAGGAACCAACGGCUGACUCAAGAUGAUUACAAUCACGCUUUUCGUGAAAUAAUAACAAAUCCUAUGUACAAAGAAUCGGUACGUAAAUUUUCACGGGUGUACCGCGAUCGACCUCGGUCACCUAAAGAGACCCUACUAUAUUGGACCGAAUACGUAAUCCGACAUGGCAAGAACAUUCUAAAAUCCCCUGCGGUCAACUUGGAAUGGUAUCAAAGUGAUCUUCUUGACGUUCAUGCUUUCCUCUUCACAUGUGUGAUGCUGACAUUAUUCUUUACGGUCCUAAUAGCUCGAUUUAUUAUAACUUUUGUUUCGCGCAAAGUAAUGACGAAAACGUUGAAAAAAUCUAGCAAGAAGAUUAAUUAG